AAAGGAAGUGAAUCUGAGGAGGACUGUUUUGCGACAGUUGACAGGAAUGGCGUCUGUAGAAUCUGGUUGGUUUGUAAGGCGGGAACAUCUAGAAACAUGGAUGAAUGUACUAAACCAUAUAGUCGGUCUAUUACUGGCCUGAAGGAAGCUUAUGAGAACUUCGAGAAAUUCACUGCACAAUUUAAGCAACAAUCCGAUGGCAUGCCUGAAUAUCAGAGUGAGUUUUCUCGUGGUGCUGCUACUCUAGUGCUCGAAAUGGAAGCGGAGCUGAGGAAGACUGUUUGCAACAGUUGACAGGAAUGGCGUCUCUAGAAGCGGGAACAUCUAGCAACAAAGAUGAAUGUACACCAUGUAGUCGGUCUAUUACUGGCCUGAAGAAAGCUUAUGAGAACUUCGAGGCACAGUUUGAGCAACAAUCCGAUGGCAUGCUUGAAUAUCAGAGUGAGUUUUCUCGUGGUGCUGCUAUAGUGCUCGAAAUGGAAGCGGAGCUGAGGAGGACUGUUUUGCAACAGUUGACAAGAAUGGCGUCUCUAGAAGCGGGCAACAAGCAUGAAGAAUGUGUAUCACAUCGUCAGUUUACAACGACGGUUAUGGGCCUGAAGAAAGCUUAUAAGGACUUCAAUGCUGCACAAUUUUUUUUGCAAGAGUUGACAGCAGGCAACAAGCAUAUAGAAUGUAAAUCAUGUAGUCAGUUUACAGCGAUUGUUAGUCGUCUGGAGGAAGCUUGUAAGGACUUCGCCGUUGCACAAUCUGAUAACAAGUUUGAAUAUCAGCAUGAGUUUUUUCGUGGUGCUGUUAUUCAAGUGAUAACUGUCUGGGAGGCAUAUGUUUAUGAUAUUUUGAAAGAGGGGUUUAAUGUGAUUAUGGAGAUGGAAAAUGACCUCGAUGGGUUAGCAGAGAGAUGGCCCAAGUGCCAGACAGCAAUACAAAAUUCUUUGAGACGAAGACAGAAGUCUGAUGGCAAAAAAAAUCUGAAACACCAUUGGAAAGAGUUGCAUUUGAGAUUCUAAAGGAGAACGUUUCAUGGCAAACAUUGUUGAAAGAGCAUCGUGACCAUGUUUUGAAGCAAAUUGUACCUGUUUUUAGUAAUGAUGAUGGGUCUCGAAGCAUAAAUGAUGUAUUUAAGCGAUUGUUUCAUCCGCAAUCAGCAUUUGGGGCUGGGGCUAAGUCUACGCAAGGUUCUGGUGAAACUGGAUCAUCAACAUCACCAACACUAGGUUCUGGUCAAACCAAAUCAUCAACAAAAAAGCUGAAACAACUGUCAGAGUGCAUUGAUAAAGUUUUUGUAAAGGAGGUUGUUUUUCAAAUUGGAGAUGCCAAGUUUUCAGUCCCCUAUAUUAAGCCAGCAUCAUCAGAUUUACCACAACCACAUAACAUAUUUUUAUGGAGUGUCAGCAAGUUAUACUAUGGUUUACGGUGCAUUCUGUGCCAUGGCAAUCCUACUUCAACUUUUGAAGAAGGAGUCCUUAAGGAUGAUCCAGAUACCUAUGGUCUCAACAUUGACAGUCAUGCAAAAGAAAUAACGUAUUAUUCUACAUUUCGUAAAGCAAUGUACGACAAGAGACGGGAUGUGUCUGUCAAUCUAGAAACUGUCAUGAAUAUGAUAUAUUUUUUCGAAACAUCUGCAAUGAUACUAAGGAAAGCAAUUGCUGUUUGGGUAUACGAUAAUUGUGAAAAGUUUGUUAUCUGGAACAAGUAGGAAGAUUCUUCUUAAAAUUAAAUGCAAACUGGAGUUGUGCAAUAAAUCAAUUUACUGAUUUUUUUAUUUGUGCUGCUACUUGCUGGGAUUUUUUGAGACAUUUUAUCAGCUACUGUUGGUAUUUGGCUAUACUUUUGGUAUUUUUUGGCUAGAAUUUUGGUAUUUGGCUAUACUUUUGGU